UACAAAUUUAACGUCGUAGUCCGUCAUAAAAUCACAGAACAAUACGCAGAAGGGCUCUCGUAUAACCCGGAAAGACGCCAGGAACCUCGAGAACAUCCGAUAAACGAUACUACCGAAAAUCAUUCGCUAGCAUUACCAAUCUCUGCAUUAUCAAAAACAAAAAAAUCGAAUAAAAAGCUCUCCGACGAAGAGGCGAUUCAAUCAGUCAAACGCCCCGGUCACCCUCUCGGGUCUAAAAAUAGGCCAAGAGUAAGUAGCGCUCCAGAAGUAAGAGAGACGAUUGCCUCUCGUCUCAGAAAAAGAGAAUUAGGUAAAACACGAGUCCCACCAAAAAUAAAUUAUCGCGAAACCGGCAGACUGGUUAUAAACUCAGAAGAUCCCGAGUCACAAGAAACUGCAAAUGAAGAACAGGGGGAUGACGAAGUCUUCCUACCAGUCUCCAUCUCAGGACCAUCCACGAAUAAUCCAACUCCAGACGUUGGACAAGAGGGGGACGAUGAAGCGGAGAAAGAUGAUGAAGCCGAAAAGGACAACGAAACGACCGUUCCACAAAAACAACGGCGAAAAACUCGCGAACUAUAUGCCGAAAUAAAACGAACUAGUUCCGACACCGCGAAAAAUAUUCGCCAAUCAUUAAACAAACUUCCACCUCUCUGGCGAAGUGAAGAUGACUCGUUAAAUGAAGAUACAGCGCCUGAAAUUAAUGUCGACGAAUUUUUGAGAGAUAACAGCAACCAGUCCGAAGAAGGAUCAAGCAACAUCAGUCCAGAAGAAACCGGAGGAAUCGAAGAUCCCAGCGAAACAGAACCUCCUAUCAUUAUAGAGCCAGAGCCUUCGACUUUAGUCAACAACGUAAAUACGAGAAAUAAAAAUAAUUUAACCCCUCAGAACGCAAAUCGAUCGCGAUUCACAGGAUAUUUAGGGGACGGUCCAGAACCCCGAACUCCAAUAUUCGGAAGAGUUCUCAUUCCUGACGAACUAGCGGCCAUGGGUAUACGUUACGACCAUGCUAGCGGCCAAAUCGUAGACGAAAACGGUAAGGGAAUAAAUGAAACGGCCGAAACCGAAUCGGCCGACCCGGACAACACCCUUACCGAAUCGGAAGGGAGACGAUCGAACGAACAAUCGCCAAAUAUAAGUAAAUUAAUAAAUUCACAAAAUAGUAAAAAUAAAUCGCGCAAAAAUUCAGAAAAUUCUAGCGAUCCACAUAAACCCAACGAUAGACCGACUACAAGCGGGAAUAUAACAGUGGGGGAUGAGGUAGGGAACCAUCGAUUCGGUCCACCCUUUAUCGCCUACGAUCUUCCAACAUUCGAAGAAGCGGAAGAUAUCUUCGCCGAAAGACAUCUUCGGCCAAAGUUAUCUUCACCCUCGAGUUCCGAUGAAAAUAUACUGCCGAAGGGUCCCGAAAUCUAA